AAACUGACCUCCGACUCUUUACUGACACAGAAACACCGACAGACUGCUUCAGCUCAUUGACCAGAACAGUUUUAUUUUAAUUAUAUUUAUUAUUUAUCAGAACCAGAACCAGAACCCCAACCAGAACCAGUACUGACACCAGCACCAGAACCGGCACCAGCACCAGAGCCAGAGCCAGCACCAGAGACAGAGCAAGCAACAGAGCCAGAGCAAGCAACAGAGCCAGCGCCAGAGCCAGAGCCAGAAUCAGAACCAGAGCCAGCACCAGAGCCAGUGCCAGUGCCAGAGCCAGAACCAGAGCAAGCAACAGAGCCAGCACCAGAGCCAGAGCCAGAACCAGAGUCAGCACCAGAGCCAGAGCCAGAGCCAGAGCCAGAACCAGAGCCAGCACCUGUACCGACACCAGAACCAGAACCAGAACCAUCAUGGUUCUGUCUCCAGCGACCAACAAGCUCAGAGUGUUCCAGCUGGUCUUCUCAGAUCCGGGCCGGUCCUUCUACAGCAGUGGGGACAAGUUGUCCGGCUCUGUCCAGCUGGAGGUAGCCCAGCCCUGCAGGCUGACCGGACUCAGGGUCUCCGCCGCCGGCUGCGCCCAUGUGGUCCACCGUGGUGGGAAGAACCGUAAGAGCAGCAGCCAGGAGGUGGAGUACCUAAAGUACGAGGAGGAGCUGAGGCUGGAGGAGGAGCUCACUAAAGACUCAGACGGCUGCUUCCUGCUUCAGUCCGAUAAAACAUACAGCUUCCAGUUCGGCUUCGAGCUGCCUGCUGCCGGACGUCUGGUGUCGUCCUAUAAAGGAAAGUUUGGUUACGUCCGGUACUACGCAAGGGCCGUGCUGGAUAGGCCUUCCCAGCAUGCUUUGCAGUGUGAGAGGGAGUUUGAGGUGGAGGAGCCGCUGGACGUCAACCGACCCGACCUGCUGGCUCCAGCGGCGGCCUCCAAACAGAAGAAGGUCACCUGUAUGUUCAUCCCUGACGGCCAGGUGUCCAUCAGUGCUCAGAUCGACAGGAAGGGCUUCUGUGAGGGCGAAGACAUCAACAUCAAUGCCAAGUUUGAGAACACCUGCUCCCGAAUUGUAGUGCCGAAGGCUGCUAUCAUUGCCAAACACUCGUACAUCGCAGACGGACGCACCAAGGAGGUGCGUCAGAAACUGACGGCGGUCCGAGGAAACCACAUCAUCUCUGGGAUGUGCGACAUGUGGCAGGGCAAGACCAUCAGAGUCCCCAAACUGAGGCCGUCCCUGCUGGGCUGUGACAUCAUCAAGGUGGACUAUGCCCUCAUGAUCUACCUGCACAUUCCGGGCAGUGAGAAACUGGUCCUGGAGCUGCCUCUGGUCAUUGGUACGAUCCCCUUCAGUGGUGUCGGCAGUAGGACCAGCAGCAUGAGCAGCCAGGCUGGGUCCAUGAGCAGCUGGUCCUCCUUUCCCUCUGCCCCCCCCAGCUACAGUAACAUCCACAGAGACCUGAGACUAGACGGCCCCAGGACCCCCCUGCUGCAGGACUACGAUGGCGGGGAAGACCAGGAUGAGGAGGAUGGCGGGCUCUUCAUGAGAGUGCCUGAACUGUACUACCCCCCUCCCCCUGCAUACAGCGAGGUUGAUCAGGACUCUGUUAACCCUCCUCAGGCUGUUCAGGUCUUCUGAGGACCACUUCCACACGGGUCCACUGCUACAGACUGAACCCCUGAAACCUGAUCUUCACUUCCUGAAGCCAGUCUCAGAACUGUUGAGAUGAUGACUCAGUCUUUGAUAUUUGUUAGUUGUAUUUGUUGUUUAUACUACUGUAGUUACAGGAAGUUACAGUUGUACAUAUGAUGUAAAUAAGAGCAGAUAUUUAUUUUUAUACUCAAUAAAUCAGUUUAACUUUGA